AUGGCAGCCCAUCACGCUCCGCCCACGACGCUAGCCUUUUCCGCCGCCUUGCCACUGCCGCGCCCAGCCAGCUGCGCCCCAACCACCCAAUCUCCUCGCAACGCGGUCCCCCAAUGCAGCAACCACCUUCCGUCGCCCCUCCAAAUGGCGCGCAUCGCACGCUCUGUCACAGCGGGUGCCUUGAGCGGCGCGCUUGUAGCCCUAACACUCGCCGCCCCUGCCUCCGCCUUAACGGAGCCGCAGAAGCUGGUCGCCGAGGCGUGGCGCGUCGUGGACCAGUCGUAUGUCGACCGCACCUUCAACCACCAAGACUGGUUCUCCGUCCGCAUGCGAACCGUUAAGCGCGCGUACGCCUCCGUCGACGAGGGCUACUCCGCCAUCCGCGACAUGCUCGCCCUGCUCAGUGACCCUUACACCCGCUUUCUGUCGCCGCAGCAGUUCACGUCGUUGACAAGCUCGGCCACGGGGGAGGUCGCGGGGGUGGGGGUCGAGUUGUUUCCGACCAGGGUUGAUGGCGUGUUGAAGGUCACUAGUCCAGUCGAUGAUUCGCCAGCCGGGAGGGCGGGGGUAAAGUCGAAUGAUGUCAUUAUGCUGAUUGACGGCGAAGCUACUGACGAUCUUUCUCCGGACGAGGCAGCUCAGAGAAUAAGGGGGCGUCCAGGUACCUCUAUUUCGCUGACCGUUGUGCAUGAUGAGGGAAAGGGGACGGAGGAGUCUUUUGAAAUGGUCCGGGAGAACUUGAAACUGAAAAGCAUCAAGGCAAAGUGGCUUGGUCCAGGCCAAUUGUACGUCAAGAUCAAGCAGUUCAACUCGAGUACUGCGUCAGACUUGAAGGAUGCUUUGCAAUCAUUUACGAAGGAGGAUAUCGAAAAGAUUGUGCUGGACUUGAGAAACAAUCCGGGCGGUUAUUUUCCAGCCGGUGUGGAUGUCGCAAGGCUGUUCAUAAAGUCAGGCACACCAAUCGUGUACGUGGUUGAUAAGAACGGCGUGCAGGAUGAGAUUGAUACAGUCGGAGAUGGCCUUUAUACUGAACAACCGAUGAUUGUGCUUGUUAAUAAGGCUACGGCCAGUGCGAGCGAAAUUCUGGCAGGCGCUUUGAAGGACAACGAAAGAGCAAAGCUCAUUGGGGAGCAAACGUUUGGAAAAGGGGUCGUGCAAACGAUUUCUCAACUCAGCGACGGAAGCGGAGUCGCAGUUACUAUCGCUCGCUACGAAACUCCAAACCAUAUUGACAUCAACAAGAUCGGCAUAGCACCGAACGUGAAGAUACCUUGCAAGCUUGACGCAGAUGUGAAAACCUGCUUGCCAACUGAAGCGUGGUGAUGUAGCAACUUACCCUAAUACUGAAGAAUAAGCUGGGCCCAUCCCAUGUUAUUAAUACCUUGCGGUGUUACUGUUGUGACUACGUCACGAUUUACAAUAACAUCUUUGCAAUUUGUAGCUCGUGGUGCUGUCUGUGAUAGCUUGCCGACAGGGGUAGACGUGAUAUGCACCUACCAUGUCCAUGUACAGAUAUCAGAGAGUGUUACCUCUGGCAGCGGUAAUUUGAAAGUACUGCCACUGGGUAUCCAGCUGGACGCUCAUGCAAGGCCCAUGAAUGUCGCCUCAAGCAGUCUUUUAUUCGUUCGCUAUAAGAUCUAAGCCUUGCCUGGCAGCUAGGUAACUGCGCCUUCGAAUGCCACAGAUUACGCGUGCAUUGGCUUUCGCCCACUACAAUAAUGUCUGGCUGCCCCUACUUGCUUGCGUAAAAGUAGCUUGUUCGAUGUGG